ACCCAAACUGAAAAUCAUUGAAUGGCCAAUUUACUACCGGCGACCACAAAAACCAUGAAGAAAGCCAGCACAAAAGCCACCAGCAAGGGUUCAAAGACAUUUAAAUACCCCCGUGUUGCUGAUUGUGCCUUCAAGUUCGGUGCCCAUGUUUCUACGAGUGGAGGGGUCUCCAAUGCUGUCACAAACGCCAUGGACGUUGGUGCCUACAGUUUUGCAAUGUUCCUUAAAUCACCCCGGAAGUGGGUUUCGCCCGAGAUCAAGGACGAAGAGGCUGCCAACUUCAAGCAGCUUUGUGAAAAACACGGGUACGACCCUCGAACGGAUAUUCUUCCUCAUGGAUCAUAUUUCAUCAAUUUGGCCAACCCGGACGCUGAGAAGGAACAAAAGGCAUUUGAUUCGUUUGUGGAUGACUUGAAGAGAUGUGAAAAGUUAAACAUAGGUCUCUAUAACUUCCAUCCCGGUUCCAGUCUUGAUUCCGACCACAAGGAGGCAUUGGCACGGUUGGCUAAAAACAUUAACAAAGCCAUUGAGCAGACAGACUUUGUGAAAAUUGUCAUUGAAAACAUGGCUGGCCACGGGAACUUGAUUGGCUCCGACUUACAGGACAUUCGUGAUGUGAUAGAUAUGGUGGAAAACAAAGAAAGAGUCGGUGUUUGUGUGGAUACAUGCCAUACGUUUGCUGCUGGGUACGACAUACGAACCGAGAAAGACUACCAUACGUUUUGGAACAAAUUCGAAACCGUCAUCGGCUGGAAAUAUUUGAGUGCUAUUCACCUCAAUGACUCGAAGGCUCCUUUGGGAGCCAAUCGAGACCUUCAUCAAAAGUUGGGAUAUGGGUUCUUGGGAUUGGAGGUCUUCCGCAUUAUUGCCAAUGAUGAAAAAUUGAAGAAAAUCCCCAUAAUUUUGGAAACCCCAGUGGGGAACGACGAUUCCAUAUACGGGGAAGAAAUCAAGCUCCUUGAAUGGCUCCAGGACCGCUCAAUUGAUGAUGUGGACUUUAUUAAAAAAUCAAGUGAAUUGUCGCUGCUGGGAGCUAAAGAGAGAGCAGAACAUUUGAAGAAGUUCGAGGAUAAAGCCAAGAAAACCGCCAAAAAACCGGCUACCAAACGGAAAUCGGGCUCAAUUGACUCGAUGCUCCUGAAAAAGCCCAAAACUGAGUAGUCAUCUGUAAUCUAUAUUUAUUCAUGUCUAAGAUGCUAGCAGACUAUUGGUGAGUGCACACCAAACCUGCUCGCCUAUUAAUCUCAAAUUUUGAGAAGAAAAAAAUAUUAUAGCCUUAUGUUU